AUGGGCAAGUUCGGGUCAGAGCAAGCUCUGCCGCCCAUUGACAUAGAGAAGCACGCUUAUUAUGCAUUUCUAGUGAGUAGUAAUGCGGUGUCAUGGGCACAACAUUUCUUUCUUCCUCGAGGAAUGGUGUUGAGGUACCACCCUUGCCCUUCCAUUUCGGAGCUCAUACCGGAUGAAGAUACUCUAAAGUUGUACCGACAAUACGAGCUGGCUGGCCAUGGCGAGACAGGUUUAAGUGGAUUGAGUCUGAAGGAGAAGCAGGUUAUUGAGCGGCUACGGGCCCGGCAACAGGACCUGCCGUUACUGAACAUGCUUCUCCAGGCGCUGCGGAUUUCUGGCCUCCGUCCUGGGUUUAUGGCGGGAAACAUCAACCGAUUGCUGCGUAUGAAAUGCCCACAUGAGCAUGCGCAUUACAUCCAGCACAUCCUGAAUGUCUGGACCUAUAUCAUGGGCCCCCAACAUGUCUCCAAUCUCGAUGCCGAAUCUGUUCGGCUGUUGCAGGGCCGGUCGCCGGUAUGGUCUACCACUGACCACGAAUUUAUCAGGCGCCUCCUGUCGGUAGGCGUACUCUUUCCGGGAGUGACAGACCCAGAGAGACGUGCGCUUCUUGCCCGUCGGCUUCUUUCUGUAGCGACUAUCAUUCCGUCGCUACGGACGUUUAUGGAGGAUACGAAAUAUCUCCUGCCGUGUGCUCUGGCAUUGCGAAGGCUCAUCCCAGAUGCUCCUGGCGAUACAAUCCAAACUUGCCUCUGGCACUAUUACAGCGCACCCGAACCGCAUACAAAAAAUGGCCGAGCGACGUUCCUCCACGCAUACCGACGGUUAUGGCUAUUCACCAUGCGGUGCUUCCCCCAUCUGGUCAGCAUCAUGCCUCUACGCGACCGUCGUGGAGCAGCAAGACGCGUCCAUCGAUCGCGGGAGAAAUCUAAGCGCUGUUGGACGGCCCUGGCUCAUCUUGCGUGGUCGCAGGGCUUUCGUACACCCAAGAUUUCUGCGAUACUCCAGCAGUGGGGGUUCCGACCAGGUCAAUGUCAACGCCGGGGACACUUCCAAGAGCCCCACUUAACCCGAAAUGGGACAGGCCCCUGGAAGCUGCGCCAUCGGUGCGGCAUGCCCUCUGAAAUGACUUUUUUGCAAAGUCAGCCGUUCCUGACGCUGCACAAUAUAGACACCCGCCGGGAUUGUGUUGCAGGAGAGGACCUGACUCCAUUUGCGGUCGCUCGGGAUAUCUUUCAGGCGUUCCUUGGCAACCUUCCAGCCUUACCCGAACCGGUCGCAAAUGCGUCCCUGCACACCUACAAGGCCCGAAACAAGGAGCAUGGAUUCCUUCCAUCUCAGCCUGUGGCCAACUUUCAUAGCCCGGAUCACAGUGUGCAUCUCUUAUCCCCCUCCUUGAGUCGCGAGCCAAGGAGGGUCCUCGCCACCAAUGGCAGUCACCUGGAAACAGAUAGGCGGAGGACUAGUGCCGAGCCGCUGCUGCACGAUGUAUGGCAGGAUGGUAACACACCUGGGCAGCGAACCAAUUACAGCCUGUCUAGCUAUGGUUCCCCAGCCGCCUCAUCACAGGGUGAGCCUGCCAGAAGGCCGCUCUUUGAUUCGGCGGAGCUGGUACGAAUAGGCGACAGUAAUCCCUUCAGUUCAUCCUCCACACGAAUAGAUUCGCCCCACCCCCAACAUACACCAGUCCACAAAUGUCUUCCAACCGCGGUGUCACCGGUUGCUGGCCCGUCGCAUUCUCGGCUCGGGCUUCUGGGGUGGAAGACUCGGAAGAGGCCGCAAGACCUGCCAUCGCCAGGAUCAUCAGGAGCAGAGGGUAAAGGCAUUCUGUACGAGAUGGGAACACCGGCAACUGUGUACUAUUUGCCUUUGCCCCGCGCGCGUCGCCUUUUUAAGCAUUACCUUGACAGCCAUCCUCACUUCGUCUAUGCAAGACUGACCUCUAGAGGGCAUCGCCUAGUUGAUCCGGCAGCCGUUCCUGGCCACCUGAGACAUGCUGUGGUGGUUGCCGGUCCCAAGCAAUUAAUGUCCCUGAGUGAUGAAGAUAAUGCGCUCAUAGAAGACAAGGACGAGCACUGUGCACAAGAUGCGCAAGCCUAA